CGAUCAGUCCAGAUGGUGGCAUCUGUUAGCUCUAAUCGCUUGCCCUAUAGGAAAAGAAAGGACUCUUCUCCUUUCGCUGUUGGCUUUUUCUUUCUUGGACGUAGAAGACUGUUAGGUUGAACAAGUACGUGUCUAGAAUCCAGAUUUCAAGUUUAUCCUACUCCUAUGCGCAAUACCCAAGGAAUGAGAGUGCGGAAAACCAUGACUCUCCCUUCUUUGGUUAGUGUCGGCACGAGCCCCUGUCUCUUAACACCCUCCCCGCCUCCUAAGAAUGUGGUCACCUGCCCAUAUGGUUGGUUACCUGUCCACCCUCCUAACCCUCUUAUCCGUUUCGUUUCCGAUCUUAUGACCCGGGGAGAGGUGCUUGUGAUGAUUUCCAUUGGAAAAGGACUCGUUCCACUUUAAAAAGUUUCUUUUUCCAAAGGCGGCAACUACAAGAUGCCAAGAACCCUUCCCCUUCAGAUCUUUACUCUUCAGUUGGAAAGCUACCAGUCUACCGAUGCUGCUGUUGUGACAUCUACAUUUUUUUGCUUCCUAUCUAUUUUCAUCCAUCCAUUAACGAAUCAAUCGAGGAGAAUUGAUGUUUGCUAAAUAUUGAGUAAUCUAUAUAGUGUUCUCUUUAUAGUGGUGUCUAGUUUAUCAGAAUUGAAUUUUAGCGCCCUGUAGUAUUCUUGUUUGCUGUUAACAACUGCCAAGGAGUUUGUAGGGUUAUCUCCAUUAAAGCUUUUGAGUUUGCUUUGUAGAAGGAAUGCUUGUUUCCGCUCUUUUAACGUCUGUGGGAAUCAAUCUUGGCAUUUGUAUUUUAUUUUUCACAUUAUAUUCUAUAUUGAGGAAGCAGCCAGGAAACAUCCAUGUUUAUGCCCCUCGCUUGAUAGCAGAAGGAAAAUCUGUGCUUAGCGAUCAUUUCAACAUAGAGAGCUUGUUGCCUUCUGCUGGUUGGGUGCAAAGGGCAUGGCAGCCUUCCGAAGAGGACCUCUUGUCAACAUCAGGAUUGGAUGCAGUGGUUCUGAUCCGUGUCUUCAUCUUCAGUUUGAGAGUAUUUUCUUUUGCUGGGAUUAUUGGGAUCUUCAUUCUUCUUCCAGUGAACUAUUCGGGUAGUCAGCUAAGUAUUGAUUUUUCUGAUCUGCCAAAUGAAUCUGUGGACAUCUUCAGCAUUUCAAAUGUUGACAAUGGGUCAAAAAGGUUGUGGAUUCACUUCUGUGCUGUAUAUGUUUUCACUGGAGUUGUCUGCUUUCUGCUUUAUUAUGAAUAUAAACAUAUUUCUUCAAAGAGAAUUACAUAUUUUUAUGCCUCCAAACCUCAGCCACAUCAGUUCACCCUUUUAGUUAGCGGUAUUCCUUCAUCAGCUGGGAAGAGUUUCAAUGACAGUGUUGAGAGCUUCUUUACGGAGUUUCAUCCUAUUACCUAUUUAUCACAUAUAAUGGUUCGCCGAACAAACAAGAUUCGAAAUCUUAUUAGGGAUGGAAACAGGUUGUAUAAAAGGCUUGUCAACUUAAAAUCAAAAGAUCCUGCUCAUAAGAAGUACACACGUGAUGGCUUCUUAGGACUGUUUGGACGAAAGGUUGAUCUUGUAGAUCACCAUGAGAAGAAGUUAGAAGAUCUUGAAGAUAAUGUCAGAAUGGAGCAAUUAAGUGUUUCAUUGACUGGGGAGGAACUCCCUGCUGCUUUUGUGUCCUUCAAAUCUCGGUAUGGUGCUGCUGUUGCUCUCCACAUCCAACAAUCAACUAAUCCCACAGAAUGGGUUAUGGAGCAAGCACCUGAACCUCAUGAUGUUUACUGGCCUUUCUUUUCUGCUUCAUUUAUGCAAAGAUGGGUUUUCAAGCUGGUGGUUUUUGUUGCAUGUUUCAUCCUUACACUUCUAUUCCUUAUCCCUGUUGUAUUUGUACAAGGUCUUACUAAUUUGCAGCAGUUGGAAACCUAUAUGCCUUUUCUGAAAGGAAUACUGACUAUAACAUUUGUCAGUGAAAUAAUCACGGGAUAUCUUCCCAGCCUUAUUCUUCAGUUGUUUUUGAAAGUGGUGCCUCCCAUCAUGAAGAUCCUUUCAUCCAUGCAAGGGCAUAUCUCCAAUAGUAGGAUAUUAAUGAGUGCAUGUAAAAAAGUACUUUGGUUUACUAUAUGGAACAUUUUCUUUGCAAAUGUACUGUCUGGGUCAGCUUUAUCUCAAUUUUCUAUCAUUCUUGACCCGAAGACAAUCCCAGAAAAACUGGCUGUAGCUGUUCCAGCACAGGCAUCAUUUUUCAUUGCGUAUGUUGUCACAUCUGGAUGGAGCGGUAUAUCAUCAGAACUCUUCCGCAUGAUUCCUCUCAUUUGUGAUUUUAUACGAAGACAUUGCUCCUGCAGUAGUGAUGAUGAAUUUGUGGUUCCAUCUAUUCCUUACCAUAGUGAAAUAGCUAAAAUUCUAUUUUUUGGGCUGCUGGGCAUUACGUACUUCUUUCUAGCUCCAUUAAUUCUGCCCUUCCUCUUGGUUUACUACUGUCUUGGAUAUAUUAUCUACCGUAACCAGUUCUUAAAUGUAUAUGAACCCAAGUUUGAAACUGGUGGAAAAUUCUGGCCUAUUGUGCACACCUCAACUAUAUUUUCUCUGAUACUGAUGCACAUCCUUGCGGUUGGUUUAUUUGCGCUGAAGGAGCUUCCUUUAGCAUCUAGCUUAUGUAUUCCUCUUCCUAUUGUUACUCUCCUUUUCAAUGAUUAUUGCCGGAAACGAUUCCUACCCAUCUUCGCAGCUUAUCCCGCUGAGUGUUUGAUAAAGAAAGACAGAGAAGACCAGAAUGAUGCUGCAAUGACUGAAUUUCUUGACAAACUGGUCACUGCUUACCUGGACCCAUCUCUGUUGCCAAUGCAGAAUUCCAGUGAUGUUGAGGGGUAUCACUCUCCCCUCCUCCAUUCUAGAGAUGUUUGAAGGUACUGAGAGGGACUUUCAACCUUAUGGAAGGCAUGAUGGUUUUGGCAUGCUGAUGAGAGGAAAAAGAUAAGGGAUGGCCUGAGUUUUGUGCCCCAGAUGAAAAUUUAGUGAAAGAAUGUAUUUAUAAUUUUGUCAACCAAAUUUUGUGUUGUAUUUUUAUUUUUUUGGUGGAAUUUUUGUGUUUUGAAUUUUGAUUUUUUUAUUUUUUGGGUGGAAUUUUUGUAUUGUGAUUUGUGAUAUAACCUUUUUUGCUAAUAUGGAAUUCUUGUGUAUAAAGAGAACAUGGAAUGCAUAUCCCUAACUAAAUUAAGUAAAACUGUCAUUUUCCGACUAA